CCCUUCCCUUCCCUUGGCUUCGCUUUCCCAUCAUCGCCACCACGACUCCCGAAUAAUCCCUCUUCCUCCUCCAUUGCCUCGCUUUCGCUCAGAUUCCCAAGCAAAAGCCCACUCCCCUCCACACCACUCCAUAAGGAACCCUAUUCCGUUUCAUCGUCACCUUUCCCUUCCCGUCAUCGCCAACUGACCGCGCCUCCAUCGCCGGUCGGUCGAGCUCCAUGGCGGACGGGGGGCAGCCGCCGCCGCAUGCGCAGAUGGUGCGCAGGCUGGCGGUGGAGGUGGUGGACGCGCGGGACCUGGUGCCCAAGGACGGGCUCGGCACGUCCAGCGCCUACGCGGUGGCCGACUUCGACGGCCAGCGCAAGCGCACCCGGACCGUGCCGCGGGACCUCAACCCGCAGUGGCACGAGCGCCUCGAGUUCGCCGUCCCCGACCCGGCCACCAUGCACGCCGAGUCGCUCGACGUCUCGCUCUACCACGACCGCCGCUUCAACCCCUCCGCCGGGCCCGGCGGCGGCAAGAACCACUUCCUCGGCCGCGUCCGCAUCUACGGCUCCCAGUUCUCGCGCCGCGGGGAGGAGGGCAUCGUCUACUUCCCCCUCGAGAAGCGCAGCCUGCUCAGCUGGAUCCGCGGCGAGGUCGGCCUCAAGAUCUACUACUACGACGAGCCUGCGGCCCCGCCGCCGCCGCCGCCGGAGGACAGGCCGCCCGAGGGCGCUGACAAUGCGCCGCCGCCUGAGGUCCCGCCGGAGCAGCCCAGGGAGCAACCUCCUGAGCUCCCCGAGCCGACCGAGGCUGCCGUCGAGGUGCAGCAGCCGCAGGCCCAGCCUCCGGUCAUCAUCGUGGAGGAAGCUCCUAUGCACGGGCCGCACGGCCCGAUGAUGCCGCCCCCGAUGAUGCACGGCCACAUGAUGCCGCCUCCGAUGCAUGGUCCACACGGCCCCAUGAUGCACGGCCCCAUGAUGCCACCGCAGCCGGAGCCGGAGCCGGAGCCGCAGCGUGAACCAGGGCCAGGGCCCGAUGGGGCGGAAAUGUACCCGCCUGAGCUCCGCAAGGAGCGGAUGGCGUCGAGCAACGGGCACGUCCGCGUGCCCCGACACCCCAGCGGCGGCUUCGGCCCCCCUGAUUACUACACGGCCGCCUCUCCCCGCGUCAUCUCCGGGCGGUUCGCGUCCGCCGGCGAGGCCGUCGAGCCGGUGCAGUCGACGUACGACCUGGUGGAGCCGAUGCGGUACCUCUUCGUGCGCAUCGUGAGGGUGCGCGGCAUCCGCGCCUGCGAGGGCCCCUACGUCAAGAUCCAAGCCGGUCCGCACUGCCUCCGCUCCCGGCCAGGCCGCGACGUCUCCGGCACCGGCAGCCCCGAGUGGAACCAGGUGUUUGCCAUCAGCCACGCAAAGCCGGAGCCGACGCUCGAGAUAUCCGUCUGGGACGGCGGGGCGCCGUCUCCGGCGGACGCCUUCCUCGGCGGCGUCUGCUUCGACCUCUCCGACGUGCCGGUCCGCGACCAGCCGGACGGCCCGCUGGCCGCGCAGUGGUACCGGCUCGAGGGCGGCGAGCCGGGCAUGGUCACAGGGGACAUCAUGGUGUCGGUGUGGAUCGGCACGCAGGCCGACGACGUGUUCCCGGAGGCCUGGAACACCGACGCGCCCUACGCCGCCUACACCCGCGCCAAGGUGUACCAGUCGCCCAAGCUGUGGUAUCUGCGGGCGUCCGUCAUCGAGGCGCAGGACCUGCGCGUGCCGUCGCCGCCGCCGGGGCUGCCGUUCGACGUGCGCGUCAAGGUUCAGCUCGGCUUCCAGUCGGCGCGCACCCGCCGGUCGGUGGCCAGCAGCAGCGGCUCGGCGUUCGCGUGGGCCGAGGACCUCAUGUUCGUGGCGUCCGAGCCGCUGGACGACACCCUCGUCCUGCUCGUGGAGGACCGGUCGAUGAUCAAGGAACCUGCUCUGCUCGGCCACGCCACCAUCCCCGUGAGCUCCGUCGAGCAGCGCCUCGACGAGCGGCAGAUCGUCGCCUCAAGAUGGUUCAACCUCGAGGGCGGCAUGGGUCAUGGAGACGGCGGGGAUCAGCAGGGACAACCACCUGCAGGGUUCUACUCGGGCAGGCUGCACCUUCGACUCUCCCUGGAAGGAGGGUACCAUGUGCUCGACGAGGCGGCGCAUGUGUGCAGCGACUACCGGCCGACGGCGAAGCAGCUGUGGAAGCCACCGAUCGGCGUGCUGGAGCUGGGCAUUGUCGGGGCAUGCGGCCUGCUCCCCAUGAAGACGAAAGGAGGCUCCAAGGGCUCCACGGACGCCUACUGCGUGGCCAAGUAUGGCAAGAAGUGGGUGCGCACGCGCACCGUCACCGACAGCUUCAACCCGCGGUGGAACGAGCAGUACACCUGGCAGGUGUAUGACCCGUGCACGGUGCUCACGGUGGCCGUGUUCGACAACUGGCGCAUGUUCGCGGGCGCCGGCGACGAGCGCCAGGACUACCGCAUCGGCAAGGUGCGCGUGCGCGUGUCCACUCUCGAGACCAACCGGGCGUACACGGUGUGUUACCCGCUGCACGUGCUGCUGCGGCCGGGGCUCAAGAAGAUGGGCGAGGUGCAGCUCGCCGUGCGCUUCUCCUCGCCGGCGCAUCUGCCGGACACCUGGGCCACCUACACGUCGCCGCUCCUGCCGCGGAUGCACUACCUCCGCCCGAUCGGCGUGGCGCAGCAGGAGGCGCUGCGGGGCGCGGCCGUGCGCACCGUGGCGGCAUGGCUGGCGCGCUCCGAGCCGCCGCUGGGGCCGGAGGUGGUGCGGUACAUGCUGGACGCGGACGCGCACACCUGGAGCGUGCGCCGCGCCAAGGCCAACUGGUUCCGCAUCAUGGGCGUGCUCGCCUGGGCGGUCGGGCUGGAGCGGUGGCUGGACGGCGUGCGGCGGUGGCGCAACCCGUCCACCACCGUCCUCGUCCACGUGCUCUACCUCGUCCUCGUCUGGUACCCGGAGCUGGUGGUGCCAACGGCGUCGCUCUACGUCUUCAUCAUCGGCGUGUGGUACUACCGGUUCCGGCCGCGGGCGCCGGCCGGCAUGGACGCGCGGCUGUCGCAGGCCGACACGGUGGACGGGGACGAGCUGGAGGAGGAGUUCGACGCGGUGCCGGCGCCGGAGGUCCUCCGGCUGCGCUACGAGAGGCUACGGACGCUGGCGGGGCGGGUGCAGCGCGUCAUGGGCGACGUCGCGGCGCAGGGCGAGCGGCUGCAGGCGCUGGUCAGCUGGAGGGACCCGAGGGCCAGCCGGAUCUUCGUCGGCGUCUGCCUGGCCGUCGCCGUGGCGCUGUAUGCGAUGCCGCCCAAGAUGGUGGCGGUGGCCAGCGGGUUCUACUACCUCCGCCAUCCCAUGUUCCGGGACCCCAUGCCCGCCGCGGCCGUCAACUUCUUCCGCCGGCUGCCCAGCCUCUCGGACAGGAUGCUUUGAGAUUGACGAGCAGUCCAAUUUUAUUUUGUCGUUGCCGCAAUAAUGAACGUACGAGUGUACGAUAGGAAUAUACUAUGUCAAGGGAGGGGAAAUUUGUAGAAAUAACACAAUGAUGAUGAUUGUAUUCAUAUAAGCAUACAAACCACAUAAUUAAAGACAAGAAGAGUUACAGUUA